GUAACCUCAAAUAAUUUUACUGAAGUUUUCACGAGAAUAUAUUAUGCCGCUUGGAAAAUUCGGGAAAAUAACGAUUUCGUGGUUGGCAGUAACUGUAACAAGUUUAUCGUUAUUUGUGGUGGCGAAGAAUUCAAUAAAUGCCCGCCGUCUGGAGAACAUGAGAGCUAGGGAACGUAUGCGCAAGUCUAACGAAGGAGAAUAUCCAGACUUGUACAGGCAGCUGUGAGUGAUUGAUUGAAGUUAUUUUAAGAGAGAAAAGAAACCAAGAUGUCGUCACCAAUGCUGGAUCCCGCCAAGCUGCAGCUUGUACAGGAGUUGGAGAUUGAGAUGAUGUCAGAUAUGUACAACCGACUGGUGACUGCGUGUCACCGCAAGUGUAUUCCUGUUAAAUACCAAGAGACUGAACUUUGCAAAGGCGAGUCAGUUUGUUUAGAUCGAUGUGUCGCCAAAUAUUUGGAUGUUCAUGAGCGGAUCGGCAAGAAGUUAUCGAACAUGUCGCAAGGAGAAUCUGAGGACCUCACCAAGGUCAAUUUGGAUAACAAGAAAUAGAACGACACUAAUUUGGAUGAGGCUUAUUAUGAAUCAUAGUAAAAUGUACCUGACAUUGUCAUUAUUGCCAUAUAACAAAUGUAAAAAGCGAGUUUAUUUUUAUAUCUCGAAAAAAUGUAUUAGACAUACCAAUGUAUGAACCAAAACUAAAUGGUAUUUCAAAAGAAACACAAAACCUCAGCUAAGACUGCCUGUAAGUAUUAAAAGUAAUACAUAUUUAUCAUUUCUUUUCCAUUUUACGAUACGUAAUGAUUCAUUGUAAGUUAUCAUCCAGUAGAUAAUUAUUUUUAUGUAAUGACAAAUUAUAUGUUUGGGGGUUCGUGACAAAUUCAUGAAAGAAUUUGAGAUUGAAUUGUCUCUAUUUUUUCAUAGAAUAAUGUACAAGUUGAUAUAUUUUGUCUUUAGAGUGGGUCAUGAAUAAUAUUUAGUGAUAUAUUGCUUUAGUGUUCGAAUGUUAAUUCUUGUUAGAAAUAAAAACAAAUUCAAA